UAAAAAUGAGAAAAAUUCCAAAAUGUUAUGAUUUUUUCUUACUAAUAUCACCUAGUCCAAUUCCUUGGUAACAGAAAUCCUGUUCUAAAGGAUGAGAAACAAGUGAUGGUAAUAAAGAGCAAGACCAGAACCGCUACUUCUUUCUUGUCAUUGUUUCCGCAGAGAUCCGCUCGAGAGAGAUCAUUCAUUCAUUCGGGCUGAAAAGACGCAGCAGCAAAGCAAUGGAAGGCGAGUGCGCGGAGCGGCGGAAGAAAGCCAAGCUGGCGAUCAUCGAGAUGGCCCACGCCAUCAGCGUCCCAAUGUCGCUCACCGCCGUCGUCCGCCUCAACGUCGCCGACGCCAUCUGGCAAGGCGGCGCCAACGCCCCUCUCUCCGCCGCCGAGAUCAUCUCCCGCCUCCCUCCUCCUCAUCUUCUUUCUUCCGGCGCCGCCGCCCAGGCGGAUCCCCGGAACCUCCAGCGCAUCCUCCGCUUGCUCUCCGCCCACGGCGUGUUCGACGAGCACGUCGCGGCCGCCAGCGGCGAGAGGAAGUACUCCCUGACGGAUGUCGGCGAGACGCUGGUCACGGAUGCCGACGGGGUUUCCUACGCGGCCUACAUCCUCCAGCACCACCAGGACGUCCUGAUCAGGACGUGGCCGCUGGUGCACGAGACGGUGACGGACCCAACGACGGAUCCGUUCGUGAAGGUCCACGGCGAGUCGACGUACGAUUACUACGGGAAGCGGCCGGAGAUGAUCGAACUGAUGCGGAAGUCGAUGUACGGCACGUCCGCACCGUUCAUGAAGGCCCUGCUGGGCGGCGACUACGGCGGGUUCCACGGCGUCAAGACAUUGGUCGACGUCGCCGGAAACAGCGGCGAUUCCCUGCGGAUGAUCCUACCCAAGUUCCCCAACAUCCGAGAAGGAAUCAACUUCGACCUUCCCGAAGUCGUUGCCAAAGCUCCUGCCAUUCCCAACGUGAAGCAUGUGGGUGGCGAUAUGUUCAAGUCCAUACCUAGUGGUGAUGCAAUCUUCAUGAAGUGGGCUUUGACGGCUUGGGCGGAGGAGGAAUGCAAGAAGGUAAUGGAGAACUGCUACAAGGCGCUGCCACAGGGAGGGAAGCUGAUCGUCAUCGAGCCCGUGCUGCCGGAGAAGAGCGACCACAGCCUCAGGACGCGAGCCCUGCUCGAAUCCGACGUCUUCAUGAUGACACUUUACAGGGUGAAGAGCAAGCAGAAGACAGAGGAAGAGUUCAAGCAGCUUGGCCUGGCUGUUGGCUUCUCCAACUUCAGGGCGUUCUACUACGUUGAUUACUUCCUCACCCUCAUGGAGUUCCAGAAAUAAUAGGGAUCUUUGUGUAAAUUUCCAAGCUAGGCUCCAAAUAUACUCGUAGUACGACAUAAUACUACUCGUGCUGUAAUAAUAUCAUCGUUGUCCGUCGUCAAAGUUAUAAUAAUCAGGAAUCUCUUAUCAGAUAUGAACCAGUUUCAUGUCUUGAAUUAACCAUCUGCAG